UACGAAUUUAGUCCAAACUGUGGCAGGUAUGACAAUGGGGGAGCAGCGGAAAGACCGUAUCGACCGUGUGCCGCCCAGAGCUUCAAUAACGGGAGCUUCGUGAAAUGCCAACCCUGUUUUCACUGCCCUCCAAAUCAUCAAAGGCUGUCCGAAUGCAACGCAAUGACAGACACGCAAUGCUGCCUAGCGUGGGACCAGACAGGCUGUUGGAAAGGUGCCCUGAAUACCACGGUCCAAUGGUCAACAACGUUAAGGGUCCAAGUGUCAACAUCAAAUCCCACCACAGCCAAACACAUUGAUCCAAGAUUACAUGGUGAUUCUGCAACUUCACAUGUCAACUAUCAGACUGCAUAUAAGGAGAAUAAGCCAUGCUUCAUGGUCAGCCUUAAAGACUGCAUCCCAUCAGACAAUAUCCUGUAUACCAACCAACAUUCACGGAGCAAUAAGACAACAGCAGCUGUCAAUGAAGAGGUUGCUCUGCUACAGUCAGAGACCAGGAGCCUAGAGGACAUUUUGAGUUCUGACCUCCAGUCUGCGCCACUGCAGACGGUUCUGAACAACCUGGAUGUUCUAGAGGAGCUUGUGAUCCUGCUGGACCCGGAGAGCCCUGGGGUGAAGAACACCAGUCACCUAGCAUCUCGCUGCUCCUUCCCCGCCACCUGGAUUACCUACACCUACUCCCUGAUGGAGAGCAAGAGCCCCCUGAGGGCCGUGCUGGAGGGGGUCACCACCAAACACCCAGAGUGGACUGUAGGACACCUGGCCAGGUUGCUGAGAGAGAUGGACCGGAACGACACAGUGGUGGUGCUCACCAAGCUCAGCUUGCUUAAGGUGUUCUAGUCUGGGUGUGUUCUGUGUUGGGUCCGGAAGAGAUGGCUCCAUCCUGAUACAACCGCGAGUCUCUACCCCCUGCCAAGGCACUGAGAUAUAACAGGAGGUCCAGUAGGAGGCAUGCUUUUCUUGGGGACCCCAAAACCCCAAGGCAGUGAUUGGGAACACUUGCAUUAGGGUUCAAGUAAGAUAUUUAACUGCGAUAACAUGGCACUUAUCACUUAAAGCAGGGAUGUUAAUCCCGGUGUCCUGAAAAAAUGGAGCUACAUACUCUAGGUUAGUUUAUUAUUGCAUCUCCUAAUAACCAACGUUUCGACAGACAAGCUGUCUUCAUCAGGGUAUAAUGACAAACACUGUGGGGUGACUAGUUUAUAUUGUGUCGAAGGACACACACAAGUGUCUGUAAUCAUGACCGGGUGUGGCUUGAUAUCAUUGGUUCAUUUUCAGAUAUAAAUAGAACAUACAUGAAUGGAUAGCAUACAAUCAUAGAUAACAUUUUGCUACAUAGGCCUACAAACAUUUAUAAUGAAUAGCAAGAUCACAGUAAUGGCUUCAGAUCAAAGUCUACGCUGAGACCGAGGGGAGCAAGGGUCUUUAAAGUAAAGAUCCAGGCAGCCUCUCGUUUUAACAAAUUGUCGAGGUCACCCCCUCUCCUUGGGAGAGGUGCCGAUAUAACGUAGGGACGAAAUCGAGUGUUCAUUUUUACCACAAGGACAAGUUGUAAGAUAAAUAACUGCUUGAAUAGAGCACGUGAUAACACCUUUGAUCGGGAUCGGUUUCCCUGUUUGGGGGUGUUUAAAGGAUCUACAUUUGUAAGUGACAUUGUGUUGAGCGCAGCUGUUACACUUAUUGUCUCCAGAGUUUUUUGGGGUGGUAAAUAAGUUCACCAAUUGAUCAGAGAUUUCUGCCCCGUGAAAAUAUGACCAAGGGAGGGUCCGAAAACACAUUACCGAUAGUGUCAUCGGAUCGUAGAAUGUGGCGAUGUUUGUGAACAAUUUCCUUCAUUUGUUCAGAGCACUUUAAAUGAGGGGUAAUGAGGAUGCAAGAAUGCUUCUUUUUGCGAGACUGUCCUUGAAAGAGAUUAAGGGACAUUUUGUUUUUGCCAUUCUUAUCUAAUUUCUGUGUUCAUGCAAGUGGCUGACUGGACAAAUCACACCUAUGAGUAGCUGCAAUUUGGCACUAGGCCCAGACCGUGUUUUGAGAACAAACGAAAGAUCUGUUUCAAGGUAUCAGCUUAGAGAAAGAAUCCUCGUGAUGUGUUGGUCUGUCACGUUAUGAAACCGUAUUGGUGGGUAACAUGGAUGAAACAAAACGGUAAUGAUGAAUGAAUUAUGCCAAAUCAUGCAAAUAUAACUUGUCUUAUAUACGGCUAUACAUAGACAAUGGUUGGGACUGCAGAGUUUUUCUGACAGACAUGUGUACUAUGCUGCAUUGAGUUGGUUGGAACCUCUCCAGCACGCUGACAAAUAAACAAUUAUUCAGUUAA